GUUCUUGUUUGCGGACAGGACUUGCAUCAUCAGUUAACUGAACAUUAAGGAUACCGAGGCCCUGAGUUGCCUUCCAUCCACUCCUGCUCUCGAACUCGACCAUCUCAAUCUCGGCUUCAGACCUGUAGAUACAUCUCCACAUUCAACAUCACUUACAACACCCUUGAUAGACCAACAUGGAGUGGGUCAAAGCCCAAUACAACAAGCAAUACGACAUCUGGGUCCCCUGGCUGGAGGACCUCUACCUGCGCUACUUCACCCGCGACAACAAAGCCAGCUACACGACGCGCGAAAACCUCGCCAAAACCAAAAUCGACAACGGCCCGCUCCCGCAGGGCGCCUCGACGCUGCAAGACGGCACGCACAACCUCGUAGCGAACCAGCUCGGCCAGGACGGGCUGGGCCGCCCCGUCGGCGACCUCGUCUCGCGUGAGGGCGUCAACCGCGUCGAGCGCAAGGGCAGGGACGAGAGGGGCGCGUACGUUCCGAACC